CAGCAGCUAAUUUUAAAAACACACUCAGAUUCCUAGUGUCCCCUAAGACUAGGCUUACCUGAAGCAGAAGGGAACAAAAUGGCUUUUUUGCUUCCUCAACUUCUGUGGGAGCAUAACUGCCACUUGAGUUCAGGCCCUGGCUUUUAUAGGGCAAACAGGAAGCAGCAACAACUCACUCUGAGUCACUCUGAGAACAAUGAGCCUCGCCCAGCCUCUCAAACAAAGCACUCAGCAGCUAAUUUUAAAAACACACUCAGCAGCUAAUUUUAAAAACACACUCAGAUUCCUAGUGUCCCCUAAGACUAGGCUUACCUGAAGCAGAAGGGAACAAAAUGGCUUUUUGCUUCCUCAACUUCUGUGGGAGCAUAACUGCCACUUGAGUUCAGGCCCUGGCUUUUAUAGGGUAAACAGGAAGCAGCAACAACUCACUCUGAGUCACUCUGAGUCACUCUGAGAACAAUGAGCCUCGCCCCGCCUCUCAAACAAAGCACUCAGCAGCUAAUUUUAAGAACACACUCAGAUUCCUAGUGCCCCCUAGUGUCAUGACAACAAGAAUUCCCCAUUCCUUUUCUCUCAUCAAUUUCAGAUAAAUCUUGGACGAAUGCAAACAAUCUCCUCUCCACAGAAAAACGCCUGAAUGACCUGAGGCAUACGAUGUCGAUUGGAAUGAGGGAUAGGGAUAUGAACUAUGCAAACCAUGCCAGACUGUCCCACGAAAUCAUGAAGUUACCCUUUUACAUAGAUAACACGCAAAAGGAAUAUGAGGAACAGAAGAAAAAAUAUCGAGCCUUAUUCAAUAAGGAGACCAAGUCUGUGAACGGCUGGGACAUCUAUGGGAACAAUCUCUAUUAUAUUUCCAAAAGGAAAAAGUCUUGGUUUGAUGCUGAGAACUUCUGCCAGUCCAGAGAUGCCCAUUUGGCCUCCAUCUUGACCAGCGAGGAACAGAACUACAUUACCGCUCAGAUGGGGGAGCCUUUCUGGAUCGGACUCACAGACGAAAACGUGGAAGGCAACUGGGAAUGGUCAGAUGGCUCCCAAGUGACCACAGAGUGA